GGGGGCAAUAUGACAGCGAAUCCUUUUGCGUUGCUCCAUUAUUCCAAUGUUUACCUCACCAUACUGGCUCUGUUCUGCUUAUACAUAUACUCACUUAUCAAGAUAAGCCUCAACUGCCUCUCCUACUUUUACAUCAUCAGAGGGGUGGCCAGGUUAUCUGCAGAGUUCUAUGAUUUUGGUCAAGCACACAGGUCCUGGGCAGACCGCUCACCUUUACAUGAUGCUGCAAUCCAAGGUCGUCUCUUAGCUCUGAGGAAUCUCAUUUUACAGGGCCACAAUGUAAAUGUAGUCACUAUAGACCAUGUGAGUCCUCUGCACGAGGCCUGCCUUGGAGACCAUGUAGCAUGUGCCAGAGCUCUGAUCGCUGCAGGAGCCAAUGUGAACGUCACCACCAUUGAUGGGGUGACUCCUCUUUUCAAUGCGUGCUCAGUGGGCAGUGUAUCAUGUGCAGAGGUCCUCCUGGAGAACGGGGCCAAACCCCAGGCUCUGGUAUUUCAGCCCUCGCCCAUUCACCAAGCCAGCAGUAAAGGCAGCAGUGGGUGUGUGGAGACUCUAAUCAGAUGGGGAGCCGAUGUGGACUUUGACAUUCCUCAUCUGGGAACGCCCCUCUACGCCGCCUGUGUCUCUCAGGAGAUAGAGUGUGUCCAGAGGCUGCUGAGGGAAGGAGCAAAUGUACAGAAAGGUAGAUAUAUGGAGUCUCCCUUACACGCUGCCGCUGAGAAGGACUGCACAGCCAUUGUUAAGCUGUUGUUGGACUUUGGGGCAGAUAUCCAUGCCAGGAACAUCGAGUUCCAGAGACCUGUGGAGGCCGCUCCCCCCAGUAGCUUGACAGAAGGGUUCCUACUGGUCUAUGAGGCCACGCCCCAACCAUUGAGUCAGCUGUGUCGACAACGUAUCCGUGACCGUGUGGGCCAUGACAGGUUUCACCUCAUCAACCAUCUUCCCCUUCCCAACCCCCUCAGGAACUACCUCCAGUACAGAUGAUGAGCAUAGAACUUCACAAUCUCAAAGGCUGUGGUUGUGGUGGCAUCUUCCUGGUGUCAGUCAUUCAUGGGAACUCGACAGCCUGCAAGGAUUGAAGGAGCACUACUUGCACUUGAAGCAAUGAAAUGCAUACUUGAUUUAGCCUAUGCCUGAUUUUAGUAUGGUUCACAAGAAACUGCUAAAAUUUGGAGUUGGAGCAAUGACCAGCAAUAAUGGUCUGAACAUUUUAAAGUUUGAGUUUCAUUUAAAUCUAGAGAUGGACUGUUUUUCACCUCUUUAAGGAAUACCUAGGAUAGGAUAAAGUAAUCCUUCUAACCCCCCCCCUUAAAAGAUUUAGAUGCACUAUUGUAAAGUGGUUGUUCCACUGGAUAUCAUAAGGUGAAUGCACCAUUUUGUAAGUCGCUCUGGAUAAGAGCGUCUGCUAAAUGACUUAAAUGUAAAUGUAAAGGCAUUUAGAAAAUGUGUUCCUCAUCAAUAUUUUGCAGCAGGUUUCUAAAUGAAUCUGUGGCUUGCGCAUAUGCUCAUACAAUAACAACAUUUAAAGUGCUUGCAUAUUAUGGAAAAUACAUUUAAUUUGGAUUGUUAUAUUAACAUGGUUUAUCACCUUAAGUAUUUUAGAUUAGACUUGUGCAUCUGCAAAACUUGAAAUUCACCAAAAUCCUUACCAUUAUCAUUGAGAACACUUCACUCCCACAUUCAUAUCCUCAAAAAAUAUAGAUAUAAACUUGCUUGCUUGAUGUGUUUUAUUAUGUGUAAUCUUAUUGUCUGAGCUGCUUGCUAUUAUCUUAUUAAAACGUUUUGAAUUCCA